AUGAUAAGAUUGCUGUUGUCCCACACUGGCUUGGCAUGUCUGUUGCUCUUGCACGUCGGUGCUGUAGUAGUUAGUAGCUCUGGGGAUGCGGACGGAAACCAUGAUAGUAAAUUCAGGUUACGCCAUCGACAAGUGAUGAAACCAAAGGGUCAAAUAUUCGCUCAGCCCGAGAGAAAUCUGCAGAACUUUGGCCUGGAACACAGCGAAUCAGUGGAUAGUCACCCAGGUGGGGAAUUUGAGGUGGAUACAUCCGUAGAGCGACCAGGUGCUGUAGCUGCUGACCCAUAUCCAGGCCCAGGGGACGCUUUUGAAUUGGACGCCAAAAUGCCAAAGCGAUCCUUCUCCAAGUCGGAAUCGCUGGACCGUCCUGAUGAUCAGCGAAAGGAUCCUUUUGAACUAAACAUACCUCCAGGGUCAUUCCAGCCCACCACUCUGACUCCUACAACCUUGAGCCCCACCACACUCAAGCCCACUACUCAGGUACCAACUCCGAUGCUAACACCAGAACCUACCACCCCGGAACCGACAAUGCCAAAGAGACAGGUCACGUUUCCCCCCAUUACGCAGGAACCGACCACAUUGGCUCCAACUACACUGGAGCCAACCAGUUUGCCUCCCACCAAAGAGGCCACACCGGAACCGACAUCAUUGCCACCAACCACACUUGGGCCGACCACCUUGGUUCCAACUACAUUGGUUCCAACCACUAUUGCACCAACGACAAAGCCGCCAACAGGUGAACCAACUACUUUGCCUCCGACGUUGCCACCCUCUCAAACACCCACCACAAAGGAGCCUACAGGCCAGCCAACGAGUUUGCCACCAACGUUGCCUCCCUCACAAACGCCCACAACAAAUCCCCCCACAACGCCACCUACAACUUCACAACCUACUGUUUCCCCAACAGUCAAGCCUACAGAGUCGCCGACCACGUCUCCAACAACUGCGACCAGAGUUGCCACUUUGUUUCAAAUCGUUGAAGAUGAAGAGCCUUUCACUCACGACUACCACAUCCCAGAAGGAGCGUACAACUUUACAGUUCCUGAACGACUCAUCCAUGAGACAAUCAAGACCUUGGAACGUGCUGGUGACCUCGCCGAUGCCUUGUUUGGGCCCUAUGAUUCCGAGUUCAAGCUGGAUGAGUUUCUGGAUGCUCUCAACACCAGCUAUGAUUGGGAUGUCAACAUUGCAGAGAACAGUGUGGAAGAUCGCAAUGGAAACCGCAACCUAAUUGAAGAUGAUGCCACACUGCUGCAAGAUCUGCAGCACAACGUUGCUCCCACUCCUUCCCCAAAUGCCAAGAUUAUGAAUUUGGGAGGAGAAAGGGCCGCUCCGGAAACGUUGGGUCGCAUCGAGUAUGCCAUGGCUCACAUGGGUCUCUUGUUGGGGCAAGCUUUCCAAGAGAGCAUGAUUACUGGAAUGUGUGACGAACAGAAUACCAACCCGACGGACAAGGUCAAUCCUGGAUGUGGUCAAGAGGGGGAAAACUAUCGUUUCCCCAACACGGACAGCCAGUUAGGACAAGGUGACUUUUCUUGCUUUGAAAAUGAAGAGGAAUGGAAGACUGGGUUCAAACCCAUCCCGGAUGAGCCUGAUCCGCAAUUGAACAAGAAGUUUGUAGGUUGUCCUCUUCAGCCACAGAUUGACCUAAUCGAAUCCAAGAUCAUGCCGUCGAAUCAGGAGAAGAACGAAUAUGAAGAGUUGCCCAUGGUAUGUGGUUUGGAUGCUAAUAUUGGUUCUCGCGGCUGUUGCUGGUGGGGCCGAGGAAUGCUCCAGAUGACGUAUCAGUGCAACUAUGGAGAUUUUCAAGAAAACUGGGGAGCGUACUAUCAAGUGCCUGAUCGCGAAGACAUUGACAUUUGCUCCAAUCCUGGUCAAGUUUGCAGUGAACAGUUCCCCGAAAUGAAGUACCUGACCGGAUUGUUCACGUGGGUCAAGAAUGUCGUUCACAAUCCGUCGUUCGACUUCAUUCAAGAGCUCAAACAAUGGGUUGAUUCAGGUUUAGACACGAGUCCGGGCGGCUUCAUUGACAGAGUGGGAGGUGCACUUGUCAACGGUGACCCAAACCAGCCGCCUCCCAAUGCUGAAGAACGCCGACUGUUCACCAAGGCCGCUAUCGAAGCGCUCAUGCCAAUCCAACCCCAUGGGGUUGAACUAUACUUCCACUAUGGAGAUGUUGCCAAGUGCAAGCCUGCGGUACAGUCAUCGAUCUUCAACUCUACUAGUACAAGCAACCACACAGCAGGAGCAGCGCUGAAAGGCGACCGCAACGCAACCAGGAUUGCGGAGACUGACUGUGAUCCGAAUCCUUUCUGGCAGGUGGAUUUAGGCCAGCCCUAUCAGAUCCUAUCAGUGCAUGUUGUGUGGUAUGAGCACUACCACUACGAGAUGAUGGAUCUUCCCGAGUACAACGAGACCGCUGACCCUAUCGUCACGAAGACGAAUGUCGAUCUUCAAAUCGAUUUGCUGGACGAGGAUGGCAACAGUGUUGCCGAUCCUUCACGCUCACAAUUCAAGCAUAACUUACAAGAGGACGGCAAGAUUGAAUCGGUGUGGACAGUACAGGUGGAGAAUUCCACCGACCUCAAGGCAAGCCAAGUGCGCGUCUCGAUCCCAUCAGCUGGCGGCGAUUGCAACUUUCUCAGUCUAGCACAAGUUCUCGUGAUGAGUGUCUGUGAAUUAGGAGAUGCAUGCUUGACUGGAUCAACCUGUGAAGAACAGAACAUUGCCCAGUGCAAGCCAACGAUUCAGAGUUCCACCCAAGAUGCUCUUGUCUCCGAUAUUGCCGUUGACGGAAUCAAAGAUGGUGUUGCAACCACUCUUUGCGAAGAAGCACCGUACUUCAUGGUUGACUUGAUGGGCGAGUACAACGUGACUGCAGUCGCUUUAGUCAAUCAUGCUGAUGCUGGAGGAAAUGGCCUUGAACGACUCAAUGGCGUUGUUGUUGAGUUGCUCGACGAAGACGAAAACGUUAUAGCCGAAGACUCUCACAAGCCUCGACUCAUGGGAGACGAAAUGGGUGAUGUAUACGUUAUGAAGUUUGAUAAUGAACCAGCCAUUGCCCAUAAGGUUCGAGUGAGGAUAUCACAUGCCGCGGGCAGCUGCGAAGCACUCAAGCUUGCUGAAGUCGCUGUGAUGGGAGAAUGCUUGGACGACGGUGAACACUGCAAGACAUGGCAGAACUGCAAGCAUCAGAACAUCGCUCGCUGCAUGCCCGCUACGCAGAGCUCGACAUUUGAAGGAGGCAUUGCAGCUCGGGCCGUGGAUGGACACACCUCGCUGGAACACACAAAACGUGAGGAACAGCCAUGGUGGAGUGUGGACCUUCUCGGGUCUCACCCUGUCACUGAGGUAGUCAUCCACAAUCGCGAAGAUUGCUGCUUUGAACGUCUGAACGAAAUUGAAGUAUCGCUGUUGGAUGAAGCCGGCAACACAGUGUCUACCAUAAAACACGACCCUGCGACUGAGGGUGUGAUCGAGGGAGCUUGGACUGCAGUAUUUGCCGAAAACGGAACAGUCACGGCUUCCAAAGUACGCGUCACUGCCAACCAUCCAGGCAGUGGCGAGCCCUUGAAUCUUGCAGAAGUUCAGGUGAUGAGCCCUUGCACAGAUUCCAGUUGCCUCACCUGGGCAGAUUGUGACAAUGGCAACAUUGCGCAGUGCAAGCCCGCAGAACAGAGUUCCACUUUGGAAUCAGAUGUGGCGGCCAACGCUGUCAAUGGACAUGAAUCAUUGGCUCACACCGACUGCGAGAAUAAUCCGUGGUGGCAGGUUGAUUUACUAGGCCCGCGACCUGUUCAAGGAGUUGUGAUUCACAACCGCGAAGACUGUUGUUGGGAACGCUUGAACGGGGUACUUGUGGAGCUCAUGGAUGACAAUAAUUCCACUAUUGGCUCCAUAAAGCACGACCCCGC